GAAUCAAUAAAGAAAUUGGUGCAAUCUUAAGGGUAUGACGAAGUAUUAAUCAUAAGGUAGGACUAAGACUUUUUUGGCAAAGAUCAAUUGUUAUUGACUUACUAGUCAACGUACAAGUUUCCAACAAGUUUCUUCACUCACAUCUAUCCUUAGCUCUCUGCUCUUUCACUCUUUGCCAGUGCUUAAAUCCAUCUUGUUUCUAAAAAAAAUAAAUAUUAAAAACAUAAACCACAACAAAAGAUGGGUACAAUUAUCAUUACCAAGCUUUUGUUGCAUGUUUAUUCUUUGCAUCUCUUUUUCUUCCUUUCUUUUGGAACCAAUACCAUUUACUCGGGUCAAUCUAACUCCUAUUAUACCAUUAUAACGUCUACAAAUGGAGUCUUUGAACUUGCCUUCUAUACACCAGGAUCAUUGUACGGCUGCUAUAUCUACGAGAGCAGCCAGUACAUAGACUGCUACAUUGUAAUCCGAUACAAUAACCUUCCUGCACAAGAUAUUGUUUGGACAGGAAAUAUCAGAAAUCCCCUGUCUAUCAAAUCAUCCUCACCUACACUAUCUUUAAAUGGUAACUUAACACUCACCAACGGCGAAGGACAAUCCAUUGUAAUUUGGUCAAGCAGAUCAUCCUCGGAGCUUAACUCUACUAAGUUAGUUCUCGAGGACAAUGGUAAUUUGGUGAUUAAAAGUAUGUUAGAACCUAACCAAAUUCUGUGGCAGAGUUUUGAUCACCCUACUGAUACAUGGCUACCUGGUGCCAAGGUCGGGUUCAAUAAGCUUACUAGCACUCGACAAGUCUAUAGUUCUAAUGAUUUCUCAUUUAAAAUAGAUCUCAACACAAUGAGUUCUAUUAGUCUUGAGAAAGGUGGGACUAAACACGGUUCUUGUCGGCUUAAAGGAAAAUCUUUCUCUUGUUUUAUGGAAUUAAAUUGGUAUGGGAAAGCCGAUAUGCUUCUACUUGAUCACACUACCAUCUCUCGUGUAUCAAAUGAAAAUGAAACGUAUCUCAUGUAUUCGCCAACAAACUCCUCCAUUUUAACACGAUUUGUCCUAGACGGAUUCACUGGAUUUUUAAGUGAAUUUGUGUGGUUUGAAGAUUUCCAAGUCUGGAUGCCAUCCAAAUGGAAGUUGGCUGACAAAUACUGUGAUCAAUUUGUAGUCUACAACCGCCAACAGAACAACUCGCAAAAUUGCACAUGCUUUUCUACAGCUGAUUGUGUAAACACUAGUCCUUUCCAAUGUUAUGAUGGCACAAAAGAAGGCUUUCUAAUGAUUCAGAAUUCGACACUUCCUUCGAAGAAUGGUCUUCCAAUAGGAGGUCAAGACGGUUGCAGUAGACCUUGUAUGCGAGAUUGCAACUGUGAAGCAUAUGGACGAUAUGAUGAUCACAUUAACGCGUGCCACAUGUGGUAUAGCCCGCUAGGCCUAUAUUAUUCUCCAGGAACAGAUGUAUAUGUCAGACUUGCUACAACUAAUUGGAUCAAGGCCGGACUUGCUACAACUAAGGCGAGAAAGGCUAAGCCGAUAAGUAAUUCAUCAAUCAUAGGAGCAGCUCUAGGUGGAUUAAGUCUAAUAGUCACAACAGUGGUUUUCAUUUGGAAAAGCAGAAGAAGAAACUCUGUACAAGCGUUACAGGCAGAGGAGGGUUCUUUAAUUCUCAUGAAAUACAGUGCUAUCCGGAGUGCAACAAAGAACUUUUCAUGUAAGUUGGGUGAAGGAGGGUUUGGGACUGUCUACAAAGGAACUUUGCCACAUUCAUCGGCGAACAUAGCUGUUAAGGACCUCAAGGUUCAAUGUCAAGGAGAGAAGCAAUUCCGAGCAGAGGUAAGCACCUUAGGAACAAUUCAUCAUUCCAAUCUUGUGCGCCUUUGGGAUUUUUGUGUUGAGAGCUCAAAAAGGUUUUUAAUCUAUGAGUAUAUGCCUAAUGGAUCACUUGAUAAGCAUAUAUUCUGUAAAAACCCCAGAAAUUUACAAUGGAAAACAAGAUAUCAAAUUGGACUAGGUAUUGCUAGAGGAUUGGCCUAUUUACAUAGCGAGUGCAGAGAAUGUAUCAUACACUGUGACAUAAAGCCAGAGAAUAUACUGCUAGACGACGAAUAUAAUCCCAAGAUUGCUGAUUUUGGCCUUGCAAAGCUUCUAUGCAGAGACUUCAGUCGAGUACUGACAACUAUGAGAGGAACAAGAGGUUAUCUUGCACCCGAGUGGAUUUCAGGUGCACCCAUUACAUCAAAGGCUGAUGUGUACAGCUACGGAAUGAUGCUUUUUGAGAUUAUAUCAGGCAGAAGAAACUGGUCUAUGAGAAUCAAUGGGGAAAAUGAUUACUUCCCACUUCAAGUCAUGCAGAAAUUGGUUAAUGCUGAAGAUGUUAUAAGCUUGCUAGACAGUGAACUGGAGGGAAACGUCGACUUAGAAGAAUUAAUCAGAGCUUGUAGAGUUGCAGGCUGGUGUAUACAAGAAAACGAGGAUAGAUUGUCCAUGGUGAAUGUCAUACGAAUUUUUGAAGGAGUCGUGGAAGUGGUUAAUCCUCCAAUUCCAAGAUUUUUACACUAUGUUGCAGAAAUUCCAAUGGAUUCUACAGCUUAUCUUUCAUGCAUUACUGAAUGAUAACCAACUUACCAAAUCGAACAAAUUUUGUAUGUUAGUCAUUUAAAUGAUAAUUUCACUAUUCUUUCAUAAAAUUGUAAUAGGCCAUGCAUGUUCUAAGAUUUUGUUCUAGGAAGAUAAACUAAUCAAAAUCUACGCAAAGUAGCAAAAAAAAGUAUUCCACUAUUUUUUGGGAAAUUCUAAAUGGUGGCCUCAAAGAUUUGGAUUUUCUUUUUGGUGAAAACAUUUUUUUUGUCAUAGUUUCUAGUGGACAUAAAGAUUUAAUUAAGUCUAUUAAGUGUACUUAUUUCAUUAAAAGGGGAUUAACCAGUGAUUUAAGGCUAACCUUUUAACUCUAAUUAGUUAAUUUACUAACUUACUCCCAAUUAAAUCCCUCUUACAAACCCUCACAAGCAUAAUCAAAUUUCAAGAUUACACAACAACACAAAACCAAAAUUCAAUCGAAAAACAGAGCACCAAAUUAACCUAAUGUACUUAAUUACAUUUGCAUAAUUCAAUAUAAAAGAGUAAAAAGGUUUCAAC